AUGGAUGAUUUUAAUGAAACAUUAGAAGGUUUAGAGGAAAAAAUAAGCGAAUAUGAAAAACAACUGACAUUAGUAAGAGAUGAAAUAAAAAAAUAUGAACAAAUUGAGGAUCAAGAAAAUGAGCAAUUAAAAAAUUUGAAGAAAUUAGAAUGUGAUAUGUUAGAAGUUAUAAACUUAACCCGUGAUUUAAUUAAAUACAAAAAGCAAAAUGAAAUAGAAAAUGAUGAAGCAAAUGAGUUAGAGAAAAAUGAAGAAAAUCAAAUUCAAAAUAUCAAUGAGAACAUCACUGAAUCAAAUGGUUUAAUAGGAAGAACAUGUAGUUUUAUUUACGAAAAUAAGAAAAUAUAUGGAUUAAUAGAAAAUUUAAUAGUGGAAAAAAAUGUUAAACAAUUGAUAGUUCAUAUUUUUGAAACAAAUGAAAAAAUUACUAUACCAAAAGAUUACGUUCACCUAAAUGAAAUAUUAGAUGAAUCUGCUUUAUCUGAAAAUAAUCAAUUUCAAGCAUUAUAUAAAAAAGAUGGACAUUGGUACGACUGCAUAAUUUCAAAAAGUAAAGGUGACUCAUAUUUGAUUACGUACAUUGGUUAUAACAAUAGUGAAUAUGUAAAAAAUGAUCAAGUAAGAAUUAAAAAAAAGAAGAAAAUUAAAGAGAUAAUUACACCUGCAGGAUAUAAAAUACCGGAAAAUUUAAUAAUUAAAGAAAACGAUUCAUUAAAAGUUAAAAUGAAAAAAAAAAAAAAAAGAAUUGCUUUAAAAAAAAAACAAAAAAAUGAAUUAAUAAACAAAGAGUUUGCUAAUAAAACACAACAGUGGAGAUCAUUUCAUGAAAAGGCUCUUAGUAAAAGUAAACAUCUUUUAAUAGCUCAUAAGAAAGUUGAAAAUAUAGAAAACAAUAAUAAUCCAUCAAAUUUUAAUAUUAGAAGAAAAUUUGAUUAUAAUGAUAAUGAUGAAUAA